AUGGCAUCAUAUACAUCACCCCCUCCUUCCAACCCAGGAUCGUGGAUUCCUCCUCCUCUCUCCCAACCCUCUGCCACAUAUUCACCCGCAAGGUCGUCUUCGCCCUACCAGCCUGCCCCUGAGCUGCGUCCGCGUCCAGGCCAACAACAACAACAGCAACAAUCGGAACAACAGCAGCAGCAGCAAGAACAAUACGCCCCUCCUCCCCCACCAUCUCAACAGCGCCUCAACACCCCAUCCUCAGCCUCUCUCGAGUCAGCUUCAUCAAUGUCCGCCCAAUCCAACACAUCGCCUCCUAUCGCGGCCUAUCCAGGCCAGCGCCCGCCUUCAUCCGGCUCCAAUCUGACACCAUCGCCCCUGGGCGCAAGUCCCCAGCGCACCACACCCCGCAAGAUGACCGCUGGUUCGUCUCCUCUUGCGGCAUCAUCGCCCUUGGCAACAGCGCACACCCGCCCAUCCAGGAUCAAGCCGAAGGCAGAUAUGCCAACCACCCUCCCACCUGAGUCCGUGUGUGAGUGCUUCAUCUGCCACUCGGUCUCGCCCUAUAGUCAGGAACCACCACCAGAGAUCCCAAUGAACCAACGUGCAGAGCUCUCACGUCUGGGCUCAACCUGCCCUUCCAUUCAUCUCUUUUGUCUUGCCUCGAGGCUACCCAUGUCGCUUCCUCUGGACACAACGCAAAAGUCACCGCUGACGAGAUCGAUUCUCGACUAUUUUUAUUCGACCUGGAUACCCGAUGACAACGAGAUGCGCGGCCCUCGAGUUCAAUGCCUCAACUUUAUACCCAUCCAUCCGAUCACUGCCUCCUGUUUUGACCGGUACCUUGAAGGCCAGAGCUGGAACAAGCGCGUCUGUAGGCCAUUGUGGCAUGCCGCCGACCUUCGAUGCAAGCUCGGAAUGGAGGGCAUGUAUCGUAACUGUAUGCAGGACAAGUGUGCAAGUUGCUUCAUCUUUAACGACGGCUACGAGGAUACCAUUGCAAAGAACAAGUACGUCUAUUUGUCACCCAACUCGUCGCAAGCCCAUAGCCAUCUAGCAUCGACGCGGUUGGCGCCUUCGGGAUCGAACGCCGACAUGAAUGCCGAUCCAAGCAACAAGGUCCAAUGCAUGAUCCUUACAUUCGCAGCCCUUGGUCGUUCUUACGACGUGCCGCCUAGCAGCAUGAAGAUGAAGCGGCCUCCCAAGGGCUCAGAUGUUGUCCAUCGACAGGUCGAGGUUUACCGAGGAGGCAGCGAGAGUGAAGCAGGAUCGACGACGCUCAGCGAGGAGUACGGAAUGUUUGCUGCUGAUGCCAUGGUUCCUUUGGCCAUGAUCCUGUACAAGGUUGUCUGA